AUGUCCCAAGGACCACAUCACGCUGUUCCACUCACCCAAGCCCAAAUCGUGCAGCAACAACAAGCUCAGGCACAUGCUAGCGAGAUGGCCAAGCGACGGAGCCGCAAGCCGACAGACAAGAAUAUGCCCGACGGCGCUGAGGAUUGGGUGAUUGGUGAUGGGGUCGCGCGAUACAAAGAUCUGAGAGACUUUGAGAGGCGACUUGAUGCGACGAUGACUCGCAAGCGACUUGAUAUUGUAGACUCUGUCAGUCGCAACGCUAAGCGCUACAAGACUCUGCGAGUAUGGAUCAGUAACACGGUUGAAGACCAAGCGUGGCAAGGCAACGGCGGCUUGAACGUCGAUAGCUUCGACUUCUCGAACAGCAUGGAAGCCUCCUACCGAGUGAAGAUCGAGGGCCGCCUUUUGGAUGAUGACGAAGAUCUUGAUAAGGAUGAUGAUGAGGCCGGUACGAGCGACGAGGCUGAGGAUGCCGACAAGAUGGAUACCGACAGCCCUGAGAAGCCCAAGCGCAAGGCGCUUGCAGCCAAACCACAGCAGAGAUAUAGAUUCUCCCACUUCUUCAAGGCGCUGACCGUUGAGUUUGACAAAAGCAAGAUGCGUAACGGUGCGGAGCAGAGUGUCGAGUGGAAGAAGCCCGAUCGAGCGCCUAACUCGACUAACCCUCCUGCGGCGGCUGAUUUUGACGAGCUCACAUUCAAGCGGAAUGGGGACGAAAACAUCAAUAUUACUGUUAAUCUCUACAAGCAUGAAGACCCCGAGCGAUUUGAGCUGAGUGACGAACUCGCCGAAGUCGUCGACAUGAAAGAGGCAACUCGUUCUGAGAUCAUCAUGGGACUAUGGGAGUAUAUCAAGCUCAUGGGUCUUCAGGAGGAUGAGGAGAAGCGAAACUUCCGCUGCGACGACCUACUUAGAAAGGUCAUUGGUCGGGACUCAGGCUAUAUCCCGAUGCUUCACGAGCAUAUCAACGGCCACCUUAAGCCGCUUCCGCCUGUCAAGCUGGUUUACACCAUCCGGGUAGAUGAGGAUUUCCACAAGGAUCCGCAACCCACUAUCUACGACAUUCGCGUUGCCGUUGAUGACCCGCUACGGGCGAAGCUCUUCCCCUUCAUUCACAACCCACAGUACGCCAACAUGCUACGAGAAGUCGCAUCGCUUGAUGAUUCGCUAGCCCUCAUUGUUCAGGCAGUGGCAGCCUCUAAGGGAAAACUUACCUUCCUCACUGGCUUCGAGAAGGAUCCCGCAAACUUUGUUCGCAACUGGCUCAGCUCCCAGAAGAGGGAUCUCGAGGUCAUCACUGGCGAGGCUUCUCGCAGUGGCGGCGAAGAUGCCACUGGCGACGAGUGGAGAAAAGGCGGCAAGGACAGCAUCUGGACUACCCAGAAUGCCAGGGAGAGUGUAAAUGUCAUGCUAUCGAAACAACCUGCUCAGCCGCGUUAG